AUGGCAUGCCCAACUUGUAACCAAGACACUCCUUUAAUAUGUGUAACUGGUAAAUGUGCUUAUGUUGGUCAUCGCCGGUUCUUAGAUGCCAACCAUCCUUGGAGAACAAGUCUCGACUUUAACGGGAGACCCGAGACACGAGACCCUCUAAGACAGUUUAGCCUAGCUGACAUAGAAGCUCAACUCGGUCGUUCAAUUAAUCGUCUACCAGGCAAGCAUCCAGAUUUUGGAUGUGGGAGGAUAACCCGGUCAGAUUUCGAGUUGAACUGGUCCAAAAGAAGCAUAUUUUUUGACCUUGAAUAUUGGUCUUCUCUGCAGUUGAAACAUAACUUAGAUGUAAUGCAUAUAGAGAAAAAUGUGUGCGACAGCUUGCUCGGUACUCUUCUAAUGAACGAUAAGAGCAAAGACACGCCAAAUGCGCGGUCCGACUUGGAAAAACUAAACAUUCGGCCGACACAAUGGCUGAAACAAUCGGGUGGCAAGUUCUUAAGUCCCCACCCAAAGUACUCAUUCAAGUCUGAUGAUCGAAAACUUUUUUGUCAGUUUAUAAAAAAUGUUAAAUUACCAGAUGGGUUUGGAUCUAGUAUCAAUAAGAGGGUGACAGAUAACAAUGCUAACAUUACCGGGUUGAAAUCUCAUGACCGUAAUAUCCUCAUGCAACGUUUAAUACCGAUUGGGGUUAGAGGGCUUUUGACUAAAGAUACAUCUACACCAAUAGUAGACCUUUGUAUGUUCUUUAAGCAACUUUGCUCUAGAACACUAUCGGUGGAUGAUAUCAAGAAAGCAAAGGAUGACAUUGUUACCAUCUUAUGCAAGUUAGAGAUGAUCUAUCCACCUGCGUUUUUUGACAUUAUGGUUCAUUUACUUGUGCAUUUACCUGAUGAAGCGAUUGCGGGAGGUCCAGUUGCUUUUAGAUGGAUGUAUCCAUUUGAAAGAAACGCUGAUGUGGUUGUUGAAAAAAGAAAGUUAUGGGUGUUUGAGUCCAAAUGUCGUCCUGUUGGCGCAACAAAGGACAAAUAUCUAUCAUUCAUUGAAAAAAGCAAGAUGGAAUGGUUGGUCCUCAAAAAUUGCGCAGAAGUUAGGGAGUACAUGAAUGAAUUCAAACAUACACAUCCCCAAGAUGAUCUUAAAACCAAAUUUCCGGGACGGUUUCUCCAUAAGGUCCAUUCGAUGAAAACACAAAAUUCUCCAGAAUUCCACCCGGAGUUGUAUGCUCUUUCAAUUUGUGCGAAAAUGACUGCAUACACUUACACUGCUUGCAUAGUCAACGUUGUUAGAUUUAAGACACUUGAACGUGAUGCAAAAUGCACAACGCAAAACUCUUGGGUGGAAGUGGUUGGAGAGAACGGUGUGAAAUUUUUUGGCCAAUUGGAAGAAAUUAUUGAGUUGCGUUAUACAAAUAAUUAUUCCACUGUCCUAUUUCGGUGCAAGUGGUUUGAUACUCGAAGGGGUGUAAACCAAGACAAUAAUAUCACCAGUAUAAGCGCUGAACGUGAAUGGGACAAAGACGAUCAACUCAUAUUUGCUUCGCAAGCCAAACAAGUGUUCUUCAUCCAAGAAACGUCUCGAAACCAAAAAAACAAACAUAGGUGGGUAGUCGAAAAUGUUAAUCAUCGAAGAAUUUGGGAUCAGCCAUUAAGUGAUGAUGACCGCGUCAAUAAGGUUCAAAAUGUUGACAAAGGCUUAGAAGAUAAUGACGUUGUCGACAACAACUCUUCAUCUGACUGUCCACUUGUCAUUGACUUGACCCAAUACUUUCAAAUUGGAUCUUCUCAUGUUACUGCGGGUGAGCCUUCAAUUGAAGUUGAUCCCCCAACGGCUACCGUCGAUGAAGUGUUUGAGGUCGAGUCUGAUUGUGAUGAGGUCGAGGCUGAUUGUGAUGAGGAUGAUCCCGAUUAUGUGGAGUCUGACUAA